AUGUCUAUAUACGAUAUACCUGGUAUUAUUAAGCAAGCAUUACCACUCGCUGCUACUCCGACUAAUAUUUCAUCCGGUUUUUCUGUCAGUGGAAUUUAUCCAUUUAAUCCGGAUAUUUUCACUGAAGUUGAUUUUAUGCCAGGUUAUGCUACAGAUAGACCUGAAGUAUUAAUUGAAGAACCAAAUCAACAAGAUUGCAUUGAUUUACCGCCUGAUAUUUCAAAUAAUUUUACUAACAAUCAACUAUUAAUAGAAGAACCAGUUGCGUCCACUUCAAAUAAUUCUACUAACAAUCUACCAGAAACAGAAGAGCCAGUUGCGUCAACUUCAAAUAAUUUUACAAGUAGCCCUUUACCUGCCAAUCUAAACACAUUAUCACCUAUUAUAACACCAGAAUAUAUUAGACCAUUACCAAAAGCACCACAAAGAAAAGCAGGUAGAACAAAUCCUAGGAAACGUCACACAGCUAUACUAACAGAUACACCCGAGAAAGAAAAAUUAGAAAAACAAAAACAGGAAAGACAGGCGAAAAAAUCAAGUGCAAGUAAAAAGCGACAGUCAAAAACAAUAAAGUUGGCGAAAAAAAAGUUAAUUUUAAAUGACGACGAAGAAGACGAUACAAUGUGUUUAGUUUGUUGUGAGUUAUUUUCGUCCAGUCGCCCCAAAGAAAAAUGGGUUCAAUGCGUUAAAUGCAAAAAUUGGUCUCACGAAGCAUGCACCAGUCAAGGAGAUCGAUAUAUUUGUCAACACUGUGACUCAGAUGACGACAUAGAUUAG